GAAAAAGUCCAUAUUCGAGUCUCUGUCAUGUUUAUGGAUCUACGUUUCCCCAGGAAACCCCUCAAUAUAGUACUACUACUUAUGCCAAUCUACGUCCAUAAUCAUUCAUCAUCAUUGAUCAAAAUGGAUCCGAAUUCGAAGGAGGCAGUUGAAGCACGGAAUAUCGACAUCUUGUAUGAAUCAAUAGGGUCGGAUCCUUACAUUUUGGACAAAGCAGAUGAAAGUCCUUUUGUUCACUCUCCUGUCCACGUAGCUGCAUCGACUGGGCAGACACGUUUGGCAAUAGAAAUCAUGAACUUAAAGCCAUCACUCGGUAGGAAGCUGAACCCAGAUGGUCUAAGCCCUAUGCACCUUGCACUUUUAAACGGGCACUCUGAGACCGCGAAAGCGCUCAUCAAGUUGGACAAAGAUCUCGUAAGGGUCAGAGGAAGAGAGAGGCUCACUCCUUUGCAGUACGCGGCAGAAACAGAUGAUCGCGUUGAUAUCUUGGCCGAGUUUUUAUGCGCUUGCCCUGAAUCAAUUGGAGACCUGAACGUUCGAGGGGAGACUGCUUUGCACAUCGCGGUGAAAAAAUGCAACGCAAGAGCUUUGGCAGUCCUGAUGGGAUGGAUUCGCAAGACCGGUAAGCAUUGGGUGAAAAACAUCAAAAUGGUGAAUUAUGAAAACAUAGAUACGCUUGUUGCGACAGAUCAAAAGACCCGAGAUAUAAUUCUUAUCAGUGAUUUGCAUGUGCAGAUUGUGGAGUCUGUAGUUCAAGGAUACGGAUUACACAUGAAGGAAAAGAAUUUGGAAGGUGCAACGGCCCUAGACAUUGCCGAAACACUUAAAUCUGGUUCCGCGAGAACAACAAUCAAGGGUAUCUUACACGGUGCAGGAGCUUCUAAAAGUUCAUUACUUGCUAAUGACUGUAGCCUUGUCGAUUUUUUGAUCUCGCGAGAGUCACAGGUGGAAACUAUAUUUCGAACUUUUCUUUUCAUGCGGAAAGGGAUGUCACUAGAGAUGAGGAAUGCUGUACUAGUGGUAGCUGUGCUGAUAACGACGGCAACCUUUCAGACUGUACUAAGCCCCCCCGGAGGAGGCAGCGGCCUAAGUGACGGCAACAGUCUUUUCGCUAACGGGAGUCAUAUUAACGCCACCAUAUUUACCUCCACGGACAACAGCAGUCUUUUCGCCAACGGGAGUCAUAUUAACGCCACCAUAUUUACCUCCACGCACAACAUCAGUCUUUUUGCUAACGGGAGUCAUAUUAACGCCACCGUAUUUACCUCCAUGGACGACGCUACAAAUGUCUUCCUCUCUGUGUUCUAUGCGAUGAACACCGUUGCGUUUAUUAGCUCAAUCGCGAUGAUUAAUAUACUUAUCCUUCCUUUAAAAGUUUUUGCCCCACUCCAUGCCUCGCUAAUGUUUUUGACAAUGGGCUAUGGGAUAGCAUUUCUAAUCAUUCCGCCGAUGUAUAACUUGGAAUUCAUUUUCGCGUUUUCAGCAAUAGCUGUUGCUUCUCUACUUUAUGGUGUGCAUUAUAUCCCUAUCAUGAUCGAAGAUCUCCACAAGAUAGACAAGGGUCUUUUAUUCAUGUCGCACCUUCAGAGGAAACGCCUCCGGAUGCUAUACCGUGUGGUGAUGGACUGAUUUCCAACACACCUUGAAGGGUUACCUCUCGAUGCAGAUGAUCAGGCGCAAUUGGAAAAGACAAUUAGCUGUGAUUUAGCUACCUUCCCCUGCCUCAACCAACCCAAUGUUUCCAUUGUUGUCUAUUCAGUAUGCCGGUUAUUUUUAUGUUGAGUGUCAGUAUCCUCUUGUAUAUGGAAUUGUAUGUCAGGUUGUUAUGUUUUUUUUUAAAAUUUUCUUGGGGGCAAUGUCUAUACCCAUUUUGUUGGUGUUUAAGGCAGUCCAAACUCUUUUCUGCAAUUGUUGUGCUGCUUGUGCAACUUAAAUUUUGUAAGUUCCGCAAGGAUGUGCUCGUGUGUUGUGUAGCUUUGUUCUUUCGUAAGUGGACUGUUUGUUCUCAGAAGAGAUUGGGUUUGCAGAAAACUUUCAGUGCACAUGAAAAGGAAAAUAUAGGGUUUGGCAUUGGGUGAUCACCACCACGCAUCAGCACCAUCUCUGAAGAACAAAUUAAGUUGCGGCUGGGAACAUAAGAAACUUGCUUUAUGAAUGUACUGGUUGAGCAGUUUAUCUUUUGCAUAUAGGAAACAACCUAGAACAGGCGAGCCGUAUUAUCAAUCGAUUCCAUAAAGAAUCUGAAUUUUAUCUGGUGUUAGUCUUGUUUCACUCCAGUAUGGAAGAGAUUACGAAUUUGAUGCUCCAGUCAUUUAUUGGACAAACAUUUACAUGCAAUGGCACAGUCGGUAGACAAACAGCUUGUCGUCGUGUCUCAGGUGUUCUUGCCCGUCUUAACAUCUCUCCUUUUUGGCCCAUUAGAUUAUGCAAGUACUACUAAUCGAAAACCUAUUUCAUGGAGUAAUUUUCUUGCCAAAUAUUAUCUAGGUGCUAGAAGCUAAUAUCAAUGUUGGAUACGAGGGAGCAGAUAGUCAAUGUACUCAGGUUCUGGCAUUCAAUGGCAAUCCUGUCGAGAAUCUGAAGAGCUUGGCUAACUGCAGAUAGUGAUUCUAAAGACUGAAACUGCCAAGGCAUCAAACCUUCAACAUCCUCCAAACAUACUGAGUAACUUCAGCAUGCCCAAGACUCUGAUAUCUUAAUACAUGAAGUUGUUCCGCUAGUCAAGGUGCAGAAUGUUUUACCCUUGUGUUUUCGCGAGUUGCUACCUUAAAAUGUCUUCUUUCGAAUCCCCGUAGAUGAGGUUUUAGGAUUUGCAUUUUUGUCCACAUACAU